AUCAAAACCGCGACAGCGGCGGGUGUUUUUGUUCAUAGUGAAAGUGAAGCCGGCGAUUUAAAAGAAAUAAGGCGCUGUUGUAAGAUGGAAAGAAUUCUGUGUGAAGCACACGGUAGUAUAUGCUUAUUAAAGACUGGUGUAAAGGAAGGACCGAAUAAGGGCAAAAGUUUCUAUAUUUGCACUGCGCGUGAUGUAACACCCUGCAACUUUACACUGCCUACAGAGAUCCCCCCAUCUCACUGCCUUCAGCAUGAGGACUCCAUGGUUGAACUUCAGACACUAAUUUACAAUGAAAAAAAGAACAAAUACAAGUUGUUUUAUCGCUGUAUGCUUGGAAGAUCUGAAGGACAAAAGUGGUGUGGUUGUGUUCCAUGGAGUGAGAAGGACCCUGAGAACAGGACUGAUUUGUCAGACAAAGAUCUUCAAUCCUCCAGCCUCACUCCUGUCAGAAACCCUUUCAAAGUCAAGAAAAAACAGGACAAAUCUUCAGAACACAAGAGGGAUUUAGAUGCUGAAAAGGAUAGAGAGGUCAAUGGUGAAAAUAAACAUGUGAACGGUAAAGAUCAUGGUAGUGCUAAAAAGAAAGAAGAGCGUUCCAAGACAACAGAGACAGAAGCAAAUAACAAGAAUGGGUCAGAUGGUCAAAGUGGCUUGGACAGAGAGGGGAAAGAACCUGGAGGUUCAGAGUCUUGGAGGAACAAGAAACUUCCCGCUGGGAUGAAGAUAAAGAAAAGAGUGUCUGAUGAUGAGAGGCCGAGGAGCACAUCAGAGGAUGGGUCAUGUCCUGAGAGUCCAAACUCUGUGAACGGAAGUAUUCAAGGACCGAGUGAAUCCGAGAGCAGCCUCAAAGACCAGCAGGAGAAGAAGCCUACAAAAACAGGCAGCUCUGCACAAAGCCCUUCAAAGAGCUCUUCUGCAUGUGAUAAGAAAGCUUCAGCAGAGAUUGAAACAAAGGAUGACCGCUCAAACAAGCAAAGCACUUCUAAUUCAAAAUCAGUUACAGAUAAAACUCAAAGCCUGCAGAGCAAGAGCAGUUCAUCCUCAAGCUCUACAUCACAGGAUGUGACAGUUUCUGAAAAGCCCAAAGCACUGAAUGUUCAAAAGACAGUACCAGAGCAGAGUCAAGCGAAGGACCAGAAGGGCAUAGCGCGGUUUGGUGAGUGGAGUGAUGGGGAGGAUGAUGUUCAGCUGGUGUCGGUACAGCCUCCCACCCAGCAGAGUGCUCCGACUACAGCUGCACCUGUUCAGAAAACGCUCACAUCUUUUCCUGGUUUCCAACCUGCUUCUAAAGUUCAGGGUCAGUCUGAGGACCCCAGGGCCCUCCACAGCCAUCUCACAGCUCAACUUAAGCAGAAGAAGGCCACUCUUUCAGUGGUGAAUGUAUCAGCUCUGCCAGAUAAAGGGGAGCGUUUGAAGAGUCAGGUGAAGGAGCUGGAAGAGGCACUGGAGUCUCUGAGCCUGACCACAGUUUCUCUGUCUGAAUCUCAAGAUAAAGACAAAUCGGAGGUAGAACAUAAAGCAGCACACAGCCAUUCCAAUCCAUUCAGUCGUCCUGGAGGCACCAUCCACCUGCCAGUAGCUCCAGCUCCUAUGUUGAAGGAAUCCUCUAGUAGCUCACUGGGCCUGAACCUAAGCCAAGGCUACUCACAGAUGUUUGGAGUGAAUCCUCAGAGCCAGGCUUUCUAUGGUGGCAGGAUGACUGAGAACAGACUGCUGGCUGUCCGCAAUGCCACCACUGAGGCCAUCGACCAUCUGCACGACUCGCUGGAGUCCUGCCCUACAGAAGACACAGAGGCACCAGAUCCCAAAGGAAUCAAAGUGGAGCUGUUGCCUCAUCAGAGGAGAGCUUUGGCCUGGCUGUUGUGGAGAGAGACACAGAAACCCUGUGGAGGAAUUUUGGCUGAUGACAUGGGCUUGGGAAAGACCCUCACAAUGAUCUCCCUCAUUCUGUCUCAGAAGAAGAAGGAUGAAAAACUGGAGGAAUGGAUCUCUAAAAAUGAUUCAACCAUAGUGCCUUCCCAGGGGACGCUGAUCAUCUGUCCUGCUUCUCUGGUGCAUCACUGGAAGAAAGAGAUUGAUAAGCGUGUGAAGAGUAGUCGCCUCAGUGUGUAUUUGUACCAUGGACCCAACCGACAGAGGAGUACAAGCGUCCUUGCUGAGCAUGAUGUUGUAAUCACCACAUACAGUCUGGUCUCUAAAGAGAUCCCUGUGCAGAAGGAGGAUGCGGAGAAACCCUCUAAGGACUCUGAUCAUGUGGCCACAGAGCUGUCUCCUCUUUUACGUGUUGCCUGGGCACGUGUGAUUCUCGAUGAGGCUCACAACAUUAAGAAUCCUAAAGUCCAGACAUCUAUGGCGGUGUGUAAACUGCGGGCCCGAUCCCGCUGGGCUGUAACUGGAACCCCUAUUCAGAACAACCUGCUGGAUAUGUAUUCGCUGCUCAAGUUUCUGAGAUGCUCUCCAUUUGACGAAUAUAAGCUGUGGAAGGCUCAGGUGGAUAAUGGCUCAAAGAGAGGAGGAGAGAGACUGAACAUCCUCACCAGAGCUCUACUGCUUCGCAGGACCAAAAAUCAGCUGGACGCUACUGGAAAACCACUGGUGUCUCUGCCUGAUCGGACCUGUGAGGUUCACAGGUUGAAGCUGUCUGAAGAUGAGCAGGCUGUAUAUGACGUUGUGUUUGCACAAUCCAGGUCCACACUGCAGAACUAUCUUAAGAGACAUGAAGAAGGAAACCCUAAAAAGGGGGAUAGUAGUAAUCCUUUUGAGAAAGUUGCACGGGAAUUCGGGAUGUCUCAGCAGGAACCGCUGUCUUCCUCUCAGCAGCCUCAGGCCUCCAGUACCAUCCACAUCCUGUCACUGCUGCUGCGUCUCAGGCAGUGCUGCUGCCACCUGUCUCUGCUCAAGAAGACUUUGGAUCAGUCAGAGCUACAGGGAGAUGGUGUAGCUCUGUCUCUAGAAGAGCAACUGUGUGCUCUGUCUCUGUCUGAGCCCUCAGACUCUGACCCUAAAGACACUGUGUCCCUCAACGGCAGCCGCUUCUCCUCUGAGCUCUUCAAGGACACUCGUGAAAGCACUAAGAUUUCAGCCAUUCUGACAGAGUUGAGAGAAAUUAAGAAGAAAGAUCAAAAAAGUGUGAUUGUGUCUCAGUGGACCAGCAUGCUGAACAUUGUUGCUAUUCACUUGAAUAAAAUGGGCCUGAAGUUUGCAGUAAUUGAUGGCACCGUCAAUCCCAAACGCAGAAUGGACCUAGUGGAGGAGUUCAACACUAACCCUAAAGGACCACAGGUGAUGCUGGUGUCUCUGUGUGCUGGAGGUGUGGGAAUCAAUCUGAUUGGAGGGAAUCAUCUAUUUCUCAUUGACAUGCACUGGAAUCCAGCACUGGAAGACCAGGCCUGUGAUCGGAUCUAUAGGGUGGGACAGUCCCGGGAUGUUACAAUUCAUAGGUUUGUGUGUGAAGGUACAGUGGAAGACAAGAUCUCUUCACUACAGGACAAGAAGAAGGAGCUGGCUCAGAAGGUCUUGUCUGGAACUGGAUCCUCAUUCACUAAACUGUCUCUGGCAGAUCUCAGGGUGAUCUUUGGUGUGUGAUGUGCGUUUUAUUUCACUAUUAUUAAUCUACACAACAUUAUUUUAUUUACUUGUGUUGUUGUCUUGAACCCUGUAUUGUAUUUCUUGGAAGAUGUCAUGAAAUCAAAGACUUCAUAUUCAAAUGGUUAAUGUUUAUAUUGAAUAAAUUUAAAGGAUGACACUAGAUAAUUGUCAUGAAAUAUUUUUUUCCAUUUCAGUUUUAUGCUAAACAUUGUCAAAUGGUAUUUAAAAAUUACAAUAAUGGCAAUCAUGAUUUAAUGCAUUUUAUUCUUCAUGUUAAUUUGUGUUAAAUGGAUGUCACUAGGGACAGUUUUGCACUUGUACUCCAGCAGCUGAAUUUGACAUGAGACAGAAAUACAACCAGGCCACAUGAAAUCAUUUCUGCAAUUUGUCUGUAUCU